UCCCCGCCCUGCCCCACCGGCCCCGCCCAGCUCCGGGCCCCGCCCCGCCCCCGCGCCCCGCCCCGCCCUCGGCAGGUUGAGACCGCGCGUCUGUCCGCCGCGCGCUCAGUGUCGCGGGCACUUCCAACGGCCGCUGGCAGCACGGCAGCGGGCCGCACGCCGACAACCCCGUUCUGGGGUCGCUGCCUCCCGGGAGACUCCGCGCGCAGUCCCCGGAGCAGAUCGUGCAGAACCGUCGCCCCCGCCCCCUCGGGAUCUGCUUGCACAGAGCCGGACUGCCUGCGCCCUCGGGAGGCGACCCCGGCCGACGCCCGGCCCCCGGGCAGAAGUGAGCCUCGGCGACUGCCGGCUUCUCUGUGCUGUGGAAGGAACUGGAUGAUGUAACCAGCUCUACAGGAAGACACACAUGGUUUUACACUGAGCAAGAGCUCUCAGACCCUGUUCAGAGUCACUUGAGGAAAAAAUAAUGUGACGGUUGUCAUCAGAAAGGCUUUUCUGAAGUGGGGGAUACCCGUGAAAAAGAUCGCCUCUCCCCAUCUGCGAAGUGGACUUUCUUAGACUCCAAAAUGCCAGCCAAGACCCCAAUUUACCUGAAAGCGGCGAACAACAAGAAGGGAAAGAAAUUUAAACUGAGGGACAUCCUGUCCCCUGAUAUGAUCAGUCCUCCCUUGGGGGACUUCCGUCACACCAUCCACAUCGGCAAAGAGGGCCAGCAUGAUGUCUUUGGAGAUAUUUCCUUCCUUCAAGGGAACUAUGAGCUCUUGCCUGGAAACCAAGAAAAAGCACACUCCGGCCAGUUCCCUGGACAUGACUUCUUCCGGGCCAACAGCACCUCAGACUCAAUGUUCACAGAAACGCCCUCCCCAGUGCUCAAAAAUGCCAUCUCUCUGCCAACCAUCGGAGGAUCCCAGGCUCUCAUGCUGCCCUUAUUGUCACCAGUGACAUUUAACUCCAAGCAGGAGUCCUUUGGGCGUCCUAAGUUGCCAAGGCUCAGGUGUGAGCCUGUCAUGGAAGAGAAAGUUCAGGAGAAAAGUAGUCUGUUGGACAAUGGGACAGUCCAUCAGGCAGACACCUCGUGGGGCUCCAGUGGAUCUGCGUCUCAGUCCAGCCAGGGCAGGGACAGCCACUCCUCCAGCCUGUCUGAACAGUACUCCGACUGGCCUGCGGAGGACAUGUUUGAGCAUCCUGCCUCCUGCGAGCUCAUGAAGUCCAAGACUAAAUCAGAGGACUCCCUCUCUGACCUGACAGGCUCCCUGCUCUCGCUGCAGCUGGAUCUGGGGCCCUCACUUUUGGAUGAGGUUCUGAAUGUCAUGGAUAAAAAUAAGUAACCUGGAGUCAGCUCUUUUCCUUUGGAGUAAGAGGUACCAAAAUAAGCAGAAAACAAAAAACUCAGCUAACCACAACUGAUGGAAAGAGCUGCCUGGCUGGGUUUUUGCAGCCGCGUGAUGCAUUUUCUAAAAUAACGUUCCUGUUCCUACGAAAUAUUUUUUUAACCGCCUUGCCCUGUUUGCAAAAACAAUUUUCAAAACAAUAAUUUUAAAAAUUAAAAAAAAAAAAACCUGUCCUGGCAAAAAGAGAAAGGAAGUGAGUCAGAGCUCACUUUGAGCGGGCAUUGCUGAUGCUUGGCUCAAUUUUGUUUGCAGGCACACGGAAACCCAAGCUGUUUGAAAGGGCUGGGCCAUGGGUCUCUCCAAGGCGCUCUACAGCAUGUUGUGAGAAGGAAAUCAAAACUCGCUUCACACCUAAGCCUUCUUUUUUCCUAGACUCUUUUGUAUAUUGUAUUCUUUGGGCUCACCAUAGCAAAUUCCCCAGUGUUAAGAUUUUACUGUUUUCAUAUUCAAACAACCUUAAGGGACCGGGGUUUUUUUCUUGUGGUUCUUAUAUACCCCUGUAUAUUAUUUCCAUGUUCCAGAAGUUUGACUGUCAGCUACAUGUUGGUAAAAACAAGCAAGGUGUUACUGUAACUAAGUUAUUUUUAAAGUUGAAAUAUAUUUUUAUGUGCCUUUGGCUUUUUAUUGCAGAGUCUACAUUUUAUAGAUAAUACAUCAAGUGUUACUUGUCUUGUUUCCGUUGGGGCCUCCUUGCAAGCCCUGUUUGUGUAUUUGGAAAAAACAAAAACAAAAAAAAAAAACAAACCUAUUCAUUACUAUUAUUAUCAGCCCCCCCCCCUUGUUCAUGUGUUAUCAUACUUCUAGUAGUGCCAGGAAUGGUUUGUAAAGUGCGGGGGCACAGGGUGUCCACAAUGCUUUUGCAGAGACUGGAGUUGGAUAUUAGGACAGCUCAUACUCCCAAUCCUAGGUACGUCAUACCACACAAUAAAGAGUAAAUGCUAAAACGAACUUGCUCGUUUAUAGUUAUAAACAAGAACCAGAAAAGAAGAUUCUGAAGACUAGCUAGUAAUGUACCCAAGCCUUUAAAAUAUACUGAGAUAUGACUCC